GUUACGUCGUUUGAUGUUCUCUCUUUAGUAUCCUUCUCUCUCAGGUUUCUCUCUAUAAUCCUAAACUCUCAACUAAAUUGCACUUAUAAUCUGAUUUUCCUUCACUUUCACGCCCUCUCUUAUUUUCUUGAGAAAUCUCCAUCGAUGUCGAGGACGGAUUCUUAUUGCUUGAUCUUUUUACGCUUGAUAUCUUGAAUAUCGCUUCAAAAUCCUGGAAUUGUUUGUGAUGAUAAAUGUACAUUAGCUAUUUAGGUGAUACCUGAAAGAAAACUUUAGAUAAUUAUGGAAAAUAGAGCUUUAGACAACGGAGUUUGCUCUUCCGAGUCUGUUGACGGGAGCCGGGAUGUGUGGAGCUCCAAAGACUCCGAUUCUUCAUCUGCCGAUCAUCUCGUCGUAAUGGUCCAUGGAAUCCUUGGAAGUGGUACAGAUUGGAAGUUUGCGGCUGAGCAGUUUGUUAGAAUGCUCCCAGAUAAAGUUUUUGUUCAUUGUAGUCAACGUAAUGAGUGUAAGCUGACUCUAGAUGGUGUGGAUGUAAUGGGUGAGAGAUUGGCAGAGGAGGUGCUUGAUGUGAUCAAAAGAAAGCCGAAUUUGCGUAAAAUCUCUUUUGUUGCACAUUCUGUGGGAGGAUUAGUGGCAAGAUAUGCGAUUGGGAAACUGUAUAGACCACCCAUAAGAGAGAGAGUUGGGGAUUCAGAAGCUGAUGUGAGUGAAGAAAAUUUGAAGGGCACCAUAGGCGGCUUGGAGGGAAUGAACUUUGUCACAGUUGCCACACCUCAUCUUGGUUCAAGGGGUAAUAAGCAGGUGCCAUUUCUUUUUGGUGUGCCUGCCCUUGAAAAAACUGCUUGUCUUGUUAUUCAUUGGAUAUUUAGGAGAACAGGACGACACCUUUUUCUUACAGAUAACGAUGAGGGCAAGCCAUCAUUGCUUAGACGUAUGAUAGAAGAUAAUGGUGAAUGUUAUUUCAUGUCUGCGUUACGUUUGUUCAAAAGACGAGUGGCAUAUUCAAAUGUGGGCUAUGACCACAUAGUGGGUUGGAGAACAUCAUCAAUUAGACGAAAUUGUGAACUGCCACAGUGGGAGAGUUCUCUUGAUGAGAAGUAUCCACACAUUGUGUAUCAAGAACACUGCAAGGCCUCUGAUGUUGAGCAGUGUGAACUUGUUUCGGCAGAAUAUGAUGGCGGUGACAAGCUAGAAGAGGAAUUGGUGACGGGCCUUUCCCGUGUAUCAUGGGAAAAAAUAGAUGUUAGCUUCCACAGCUGCAGAAAGAGGUUUGCUGCUCAUAGUGUUAUACAGGUUAAAGAUCAUGUCAUGCACAUAGAAGGUGCAGAUGUGAUUCAACAUAUGAUUGAUUGUUUUAUUACUUAGAGAAGAAGACUUCCAGAAGCCGCACAUCGAUCUUUGGAUGCAUUUUUCCCAAUCCCAUGAUAAAUUGCGUGAAUUCUCGCCAGUUACGAUGUCUUCUCAGGUGAAUAAGAUAUGAAAAAUCUCCACAAAUUUUUGUCAACUGAAGAGAAAUUUUGUUAAUCUCUCUGUUGUAAUUAAAUGUGCAUAAUGCUACUACUAAUAAAUUAAUAAUGCAAAUUUUACUUCCUAAUAAAUUUAUAGUCGCCUGUGAUUUUU